UGGGAUGAAAACAACUCAACAACAUUAAUUAAGCUGUUUUUAGACAUUUUAAUGUGGAAAUGUAUCUUUAAAUAAAUCAGGUGCGGAGCAAACAGGAGGCAUAUCAUCACACAUUAACAUGUUUCGUGUAUAAAGAACAAGAUGUUAUUAAAUGUCAGAGGUAUUUUCCUCUAUAAAAUCUCUCACACAGUCCUAUAAUAUAAAAGAACUAACCCGAGGCUGCUUUUAUAAAGACGCCCGCCUGCCAGACACAACAUGCCCGACCUGCCUCAGCUCUCGAUGCCUCAGGGGGGAAACUCUAAAACAAAAUUAGCAUUUAACGCCAGAUUAAACCUUCAGUUUGUGCACAAAACGAGUCAUAGUUUUCCUAUUGAUUCAAGCAGGGAGCCAGGUGUCAACCAUACACAUCAGGUCUGAACACACACACACCUCACACACACACACACACCUUGCCUCCAUGUUAUGAAAACAGCAGCUGGGAUUAAUGCUUAAACUUGCCCUCUGUAGGUGCCCUGCAGUCUUCUCCCAGACAGACUCUGUGCACAGGGAGAGUGAAAUAUUGUAGGAAAUGUGCACGCUGUGUCCUAUCUGACCAGGUGAGACACACCUGCCCUGCCCAGAGGAUCAUGGGAAGGUGGAGGUGGAAGAAGCUUUAGUUCGGGGUUUGGAGAGAGAAGUCAAGACGCUGAUGAGCAUGAGGAGGUUUUUUCGAGCCCACAGGGACGAAGACUACAGUCAGAUCCAGUAUCUGACGGCCAAGUGCACCCGCCUGGCUCAUGACAAAGCUCUGCUCGACAGGGAGUUCCUGCUGUCCAGAGAGAGGGAGAGGAAGCUGCAGAAUGAUCUGGAGACUGCGAACGCUCGACUCGUCCACCAGGAGCAGCUGAACAUGGAGCUCAGGAUGAGACAGGACCAGCUCCUCAGCAGGAUCAACCAGCAACAGGACCUGGUGGACCUGCUGCAGCAGCGUGUGGUCCUGCUGGUGGAGGCGAGCGCCCGGGACGAAGAGCUCCUGCAGCAGGUCAGCUCAGAGCUGCUGUGCCUGCAGAGCUCCGAGGUGAAGCUGGAGGGCCUGGUGGAGGAGCUGCACGCUGAGGCCCAUCACAGAGCUGUGGUGGCAAAGAGCCUCGAGGAGGAGCUGCACGAUGAAGCCCAGCGCAGAGAUGCACUGGUGGAGAGCCUGCAGGAGGAGUUGCACAAUAAGACGGUGGAGCUGGAGGAGCUACAAGACACCAACCGAACUUUGACAGAGAAGCUGAAGGAUUUACGUUCCGCUCAUCAGAGGGAGGUGAGGGAGCUGCAGCUGGAGAACGAGGGGAGUCUGAGGAAACUACAGGGGACAGCCGAGCAGUUUGAGUGGCUCUGUCAGCAGCAGCGCUACUGGAUGUGUUGUGUCAAGAGAUUCAAAGACUGCCUGAUGGAGGAGAGAGACGCUCUGCUGCGACAGGUCAUCAUGUUGAAAAAGAAGGCUGAGAAGCUACAGAAGAGUUUACAUGAUGACAAUCCCACACAGAACGUCCUAUGUCCCUUACAGGACACUAAGUGCUGCGACAGUAUAACAUCGUGGGACACAGAUGAAAUGGCUGACCUGCAGUCUCAGCUGGAGAAGUCAAACAUGCUGUAUAAGGAGCUCUUUAACCAGGCAGGGAGUCCUAUCAACGGAUACCAAAAACCUCCUUGAGGACAGAAGCCUGGAGCCUGGGCUCGUCUUCUUUUUCUCUUCCCACCUCCUGCAAACCAGAAGAUAACCACUACAUGUUUGUGUGUGCGGUCAGCUUUGUGGAGCACUUCCCAGCCAUUGUCGUUAAAACCAUAAAACCUUGGACAAACGUACCUGUGAAACCAUACAUCCAUUGUUUUUCUUACACCAUUGUUCACCUGUCUUGAAAAUAAUCUGCUUAGUGAUAUAUGACUGAAUUAAAACCCUGUGCAGUGCGCUCCUGUCUUCCUUCUGCUGUGACACAUGCACAUCACAUGU